AAAUGACAACAAUCAAAAUAUUUGAUGUUUAGGAAAAUCAAAAUUGUAAACAAAGCUCAAUUCCGGUCUAGGGCUUUUGUUAAUUCGAUAUUUUUAAUUAAUUUAGUGCUUGUUACAAGUCGCUUGUAAUUUCACAGUGCAUUUACACCCCAUUUAAUCGAUACCACAAUGGAAACUAAAAAGCCAGCUUUCUGGUGGAUAAAAACACCGGAAAAACAACUAGAUGAAAGUGACAAGCCCAUAGUGCCCAAAUUAGACUUAAAAAACCUGCAUCCCUCCACUAGUUUUACCGAUAUUCUUGAGCAAAAUAGUGCCUCCAAGCAUGGGGACCCUGACAUUGAUGUUGGCAGCAUUAUUGAGGAAAUAAAUAGAGUGGCAGCCCAAAGCCCGUUGGGGCCCUUUGAAAGUAGCAUUGCUGAAAGGAGCAUUGAUGAUAUUAUGAAGGAAGCGGAAAAAGUUUACAUGGAGAGCUCGAAGAGCUUUGAACAGUUAAGUCAGAGAUCGAAGACUUCCCAAAAUAUAUCUGAACUGUUGAGCAGCAACUCAAAAACAUCCACACCCACUCCCAAAAGUUUGAGUCCUCUGCCUAUGGAUCCUGUUGAUAAAUAUGACUCUAGCUCGGAUUAUAGUGACGAUUUUUCACAAAAUAGCAAAUCUGAGUCAGACAAACUCUCGACUGGUUCACAGAAGUUAGACACUCUCUGUAAGGCUCUAAAAGAAAUUGAUAAUGAUAAAGACACACUAGUAAUUUCCAAAUCAAAAAGUUACGAUGAAACAUCAGAUACUUUGCCAAAUUCGCCUAGAGCAGCGAAAUCUACUAGUUUGGUUAAAAGAUCGUUUAAAUUACCAAUGAGCGCAACCAGUAUAUCUCCGAGACAAAGUUUCAAAAAUAGUCCAUUCAUGAGUACAAGAACAAGUCCAGAAAAAAGUCCAAGAACUCUGCAUAGUCCUGUGAUGAAUUUAAAUGCAAGUUUGGCUGAAUCACAAUUAAAAAUCGCUCAGCCACCAGACAAAUCAAUCAUUGAACCUUUCAAUGUACCUGAAGACAGUAAGAAAAUUAGGCAAUUAAGUGAGGAAAUUGAGUUCCGGAAUAAACUCAUCAAGACUUUGGAGGAUGAUAAUGGGAUAUUGAGGAAGGAUAUUCAAGAAAUGAAGUGUGAUCUUCAAAAUACCCAGAGUUUAAUUGAAAGACUGAAAACUGAGUUGAAUACUAAAACCCUGUCAUCUCCUGAAAUAAACCUCGAAUUAGAGAAGGCCUUAGAAGAAGUGAAAGACUGCAAAGAAAUUAAUACUUCUCUUCAACUGCAACUGGAGACUGCUAAUAAAACGCACCAUCAUUUGAAAAGCUCAUACGAUGAUUUGGUGUCGUCCAAUAAAAAUCUUGAAAGAAAGGUUGUGGAACUUGAAGCAACGUUGGCCAAAUAUAAAGCAGAGCUGAUCAACAUUCAGCAAGCUAAAGCCAAACUGAUCGAAAAUGAAACGAAUUUGAAGAAGCUUUUGGACAUUGAAAAAUUGCAGGGAAAAAGUCUGCGGUUGCAAAAUGAGAAGGAUUCGAAAUGCAUUCAGGACUUGAACCGGCAAAUCAAGGAGAUGGAGAGAAUUAUUGCGCGGAAACAUCCGGAUUCAGUAUCCGCCUUAAUAGUUGCAGCCAAAGAAAACGCCACCGAUACAAACUUGACAGCCAGAAAAUUGUUAGAAGAUCGCAUUAAAACUUUAGAACAAGAAGUAACAAGCAGAGAUUUGCAAUCGUCCAAGGUAUUUAUGGAAAUUCAAGAAAAGUUCAAUCAGAUGAAGAAUAAAUACGAAAGUCACAUCGAGGACCUCGAACUGCAUGUCAGUGACCUCAAGAACCAGAUGAAGAAGAAAACUGAUACUUACGACGUGUAUACACAGACGUUCUUCAAAGGAAAAAUUCCGGAAAAGGAAUCGUUUACCAUUGGCGUUCAAACGGAAGCAGCAGCGCAUAAGAUCAAAUUUGCCCCUGUUGGACGGAACAAAGCGCCAGAAAAAGACAACCAUAAGGAAGACGCACAUCUACUAGCUACAAUACGAGGCUUGCAAACAGAUUUGUCGAAUAAGGAGAAAGCUAUUUUGAAAUUGCACAAGGAAAUCGAGGAAUUACGGAAAACUAAUAAAAGGUUGCAGAAGGAAAGGGAAGGUAGUUUACGCAACCUUAGCGAGAGAAAAGACUUUCGAAGUUAUCCAGAAAAAUUAGUUGCUUAUUCGCGAUCGGGAAGCGUGCAAGAUUUUAGGAAGGAGGAAGCACUACAGCAGCUCAAACUCGAAAGGGAUAAAGUGAAGCAGCAACUAGCCAGACUGGAGGAAGAAUAUCAAAAUUUGAAGAAAAAACGCCUGGACGAUCUUACAGCCCUUCAAGAUGCCCACGAACGGGAGAUUAGUAAUUACGUUUCGAGCGUUACUCCAUUACGGGAGCAACUGGAGAUGCAGCAAGUGUCCGUGAAAACACUUCAAUCCCAUCUAACCAAAGCAAAAGAAGAACUGGCAAUUGUAAAUGUGGAGAGAGAUCACUUAAAUAGCAGAUUAAUGAAUGGUUUGCAGUGUGGAGGAGCUGCCUUGGGGGAUGGAGCGGGAGAUCGGAAGGAAGCUGAUGUACUUCUUAAAAAAAUUUCAAAUUUGGAAAAACAUUACGAGGAACGGGAAUAUCGGCUAAGAGCAAUCGUCCAGAGUUUGGCGCAGAAAUCAAUUACUAACAGGAGCUGUGAUCAAUGUGCGGAAAGGCAGCAACAAUUAAUCGGUUACAAAGUUGAAUUGGAUCAACUUCUAGCAACAGUCAGGGCUUUGAAGUAAUAUUUCUCUUAGCAAAGAAGCAAAUUUUUAUUAAAGCAGCAAGAAAAUUUAUAAAAUUUCUUCUUUCUAUGACAUUAAUUGUUGCUAUUUGAUAGCGAUUAAUUUUCCAAAAACCAACGGUUUGUGGCUUCCAUCAUGUUAGAAUUUAUUAUUUUUAGUCAAUAAAUAACGAAGCAGCAAAGCUGGCGAAUAUUUAUUAAACUUGGGUGAUAAUUAUUAUUAAUAGAUACUUAGUCUGUUUCCGUCCUCGAGACUUUAUUAUUAGUUAUGUAGCUAAUUCGAAUAUACUAUCGGGUAGAGACCUAAGGGGUCUUUAAAUUACAAUAUAUGCAUACUUGUUUUAAGUUAUGUUUAUUUGACUUAAUUUUUUUAAAAUUUAGAAACGUAAUCAUCGCGUGUAGUUUAACACGAAUCCGAUUACACUAGAGAUGGCAAAAACAUUGCCAAUAGUACCACAACUGAUACCAAAGAAUACUCUUAUUGAAUCUUAUCUGUUGCAUAAGAAACUUGUGUUUGUAUCAAAUUUGUAGUGAAUGUUAACUAAACUCAGUAGUUUUUAUCAAUAUUUAAAAAAUGCUUUUGCAUUUAAAAACAAGUCGAUCUGCUUUUUGGAACGAAUUUACUCUUAGGGCAAUGACUAGAGGAAGUCGCUAAAUUGACAAUUAUUUGUGUAUAAGGUGUUAUAAAUUUACAUCACUAGCUUUAAAUAUUUCGCCAAAUUUUCCUUAAACUUAAAGGUUCAGCAACUAGUCCUGCAUGAUGCAAUGCAAUACUGAUCAUUUGAAAAGGAUUGUAUUAAUUGAUUGCUAAUUUCAAUACGAUUCGAUCGGUGCGGGCAAUUUAUUGGGGAUAAAAUUACAGAAAUUGACAGAGUUGAAACGUGCAUCUCGAAUAUAAACUGUCUAUUGGCCAAGCACGUAGCUGAUAAGCCAUUUAACACAAUUUUAUAUUAAAUUAAUUCACAAAAGGCUAAUUAUGAUUGAGAAGUUAAACCUUCAACUGCAAAUAAUGACCCAUUACUGUAUUUUAACGUGCUUUCUUUGCUCCCGAUAGAUUGCUCAAAUCGGAGAGAAUAAUUUAAAUAAGUGUACUGUUGUAUAUGUAUGUCUGGUAUUUUAUUAUAUUUGUCAUUUUAAAUAAUUAAAUCAUGUAUUACUCGA